GUUGCUGGUCCGGGGCCAAGGGGAGGGCCACGCCGCCGAGGCAGCCUUUGUCCCAGGAGCGGGCUCCCGGCUCCAGGUACGCGCUGAGUCCGGGGCGAGCGCGGCGGUGCCGGAGCGGCGACCGGAGCCAACGGGGUUGGAGGAGGAAUGGGCUCCAAAGCCAAGGCCAUUGCUGGUCUCCUGGCAGCCACCUGUGUCUGCAGCAUCAUUGCCCUCAUUCUGAGCGUUGUGAAUGUGAAGGAUGUGUUUCUGCCCCCCAGCACCAAGUACGGCCUGGUGUUUGACGCUGGCUCCACACACACCUCCCUCUACAUCUACCGGUGGCGUGCGGACAAGGAGAAUGACACUGGCAUUGUGUCCCAGGUGGAGGCCUGCUCUGUGUCUGGACCCGGCAUCUCCAGCUACGCAGACGACCCCGCGGGGGCUGGCGCCAGCCUGAAGCCUUGCCUGGACAGGGCCAUGAAGAUCGUCCCGGCCGAGCAGCAGCGGGAGACCCCCACGUACCUGGGGGCCACGGCCGGCAUGCGGCUGCUGAGGGAGGAGAACAGCACCAAGGCCGAGCAGGUCUUGGCCGAGGUGUCCAAGGCCAUUGGGGAGUACCCUGUGGAUUUCCGUGGAGCUCGGAUCCUGCUGGGGAGCGAGGAGGGUUCCUUUGGCUGGAUCACUGUCAACUACCUGCUGGAGACACUGGUCAAGUUCUCGUUUGCAGAGAAAUGGGAACAUCCCCAGGACGCCGAGGUUCUGGGAGCUCUGGACCUUGGCGGUGCCUCGACGCAGAUCACCUUCCAGCCCGGGGUCCCCGUGGAGGACAGGAACACGUCUGUGUUCUUCCGGCUCUACGGCACCAACUACUCCCUGUACAGCCACAGCUACCUGUGCUAUGGGCAGAGCCAGGCCCUGAAGAUGCUGCUGGCAGCUCUGCACCAGGCCAGCUCGAGUGCCCAGAUCAUCCACCCCUGCUACCCCCAGGGGUACCAGGAGAACAUCACCGUGGCAGAGCUCUAUGACAGCCCCUGUGUGCAUGCACCAAGCUCAGCCAGCCCUGGCCUUGUCCUCACGGUGACGGGGACAGGGGACCCAGCUGCGUGUGGCACGGCCGUCCGGAGACUCUUCAACUUCAGCUGCAGGGCGCAGGGGCCGUGCGGGUUCAAUGGGGUCUAUCAGCCCCCCGUGCGGGGACAGUUCUUCGCCUUUGCUGGGUUCUACUAUACCUUCAACUUCCUGAACCUGACCCACCAGCAGUCUCUGAGUGAAGUCAACACCACAGUCCUGUCCUUCUGCAGGAGGAACUGGACAGAGCUGGUGCAGAGCUUCCCAAAGAAUUUGAAUUACCUGCAUACCUACUGCUCCGUGGCCUUUUACAUCCUGACGCUGCUGCUUGAUGGCUACAAGUUCAAUGAGCACACCUGGAGCAACAUCCACUUCAGCAGGCAGGCAGCAAACACAGACAUCGGGUGGACACUGGGCUUCAUGCUGAACUUGACCAACAUGAUCCCUGCUGAGGCUCUGCAGCACGUCAAGGGCCACCAGCCCGGCCUGUGGGCAGGGGCCGUCUCCUUCCUCGUGCUGGCCGUGGUGGCAGGCCUGGUGGCUGUUUUCCUACACUGUUUCUGGAAAACAAAGUAGCUCCCAGCCUCCUGACUAGAGGCAUCCUAGGCAUCCUGCAUACUAAACCAGGCAGAGAAGUGGUGCAGAAGAGGUGGAAAGUGGAGAAGAAUGAAGGCAUUAGAGCCAUCUCCAGUGCUCAGGAGAUCUGACUGGGUCGUCUCUGUGAAUGUGGAAGAUGACUUGAUCUCUCUCCAAGAGGAAGACUCCUUUAAUCUGACUGCCAAAAGCUGAUUGAGACUUACUGGCUGGAUGAAGCCAAAAAAAUUCAAACUGGAAAUAAAAUCAGUUUUG